UUCGUUUUAUUUUAACUACACACACACACACCACAGAAGAAGAGCAGCUGGACAGAAGAGCAGUUUGAUGUCUGUAUGAGUGAAAUGAGUCUGUUGUGAAGGUGAUUAUGGAUGAAGUGACUGGAGCUCAGCUGAUCGCUGCGGCGCUCAAAUCUCAGAAUGUGGAGUACAUGUUUGGCAUCGUUGGUGUGCCUAUCAUCGAGGUGGCCAUGGCCGCCCAGGCAGCUGGCAUCAAGUACGUGGGCAUGCGCAAUGAGCAAGCAGCCUGCUAUGCUGCGUCUGCUAUUGGGUAUUUGACAGGAUGGCCAGCUGUGUGCCUGGUGGUGUCUGGACCUGGACUGAUUCAUGCUCUCGGAGGAAUGGCCAAUGCUAACAUGAACUGCUGGCCUGUCAUUGUCAUUGGCGGCUCAUCUGAUAGGAACCAAGAAACCACAGGAGCAUUUCAGGAGUUCCCUCAGGUUGAAGCUUGUCGUCUGUAUAGCAAGUUUUCUGCUCGACCAAGCAGCCUUGAGAUGAUACCAGCUGUAGUUGAAAAAGCUGUAAGGAGCAGCAUUUACGGCCGUCCAGGAGCAUGUUACAUAGACAUAGCUGGAGAUAUGGUGAACGCCAAAAUUGACCGGACCAGUGUCAGGUUUGUUUCCUGUUGUCCUGCUCCUCCUGUGAGUCAGGCCGACAGCAGGGAGAUCACAGAGGCUGUCAGGCUGCUCAAAGCAGCUCAGAGGCCUCUGAUCAUCGUGGGCAAAGGUGCGGCGUAUGCCAGGGCGGAGAAGGAGGUCCGGGAGCUGGUGGAGGUGACUGGAAUCCCCUUCCUUCCUACACCUAUGGGGAAAGGACUACUGCCGGAUGACCACUCCAACUGUGUUGCUGCAGCUAGAUCCAGAGCUCUAUUGCAGGCUGAUGUUAUAGUGUUGCUGGGUGCCAGACUCAACUGGAUCCUGCACUUUGGGUUUCCACCAAGAUUUAGUCCUCAUGUGAAGAUCAUUCAGGUGGAUCUAUGUGCUGAGGAGUUGAAUAAUAAUGUGAAGGCCGCAUCUGCAUUGCUCGGAGACAUACGGGCUGUGGUCAGCCAGCUGUUGGAGACCGUAAGAUCAGAGUCCUGGAGAUUUCCUUCUGAUUCCCAAUGGUGGACGACACUGAGGGACAAAAUGACUGCCAAUACUCAGAUAUCAAAGACUCUUGCUCUCCAGUCCACUCUGCCCAUGAACUACUACACAGCGUUCCACCAUAUUUCUGAGCUCUUGCCCAAAGACUGCCUCAUAGUGAGUGAGGGAGCGAACACUAUGGACAUCGGCCGUACCAUGCUGCUCAAUUACCUCCCACGACACAGGUUAGAUGCAGGCACAUUUGGCACUAUGGGGGUGGGUCCAGGCUUUGCCAUUGCCGCAGCAGUUUUGGAGCAGGCGCAGAAGAGCGCUCAGAGAGUGGUGUGUAUAGAGGGAGACAGCGCUUUCGGUUUCUCUGGCAUGGAGGUGGAGACCAUGUGCAGGUAUAAACUGCCCAUCAUCAUCAUAGUAAUCAACAACAAUGGCAUCUACAGUGGAGUGGAUCCAGAAACAUGGAAAGAGAUGGAACAGAUGGGAGACAUGACCACCAUUGCUCCUCCGGUGACCCUGCUGCCAGAGGCACGGUACGAACAGGUGAUGAGUGCAUUUGGGGGUCGUGGGUAUCUGGUUCGAGCGGUGGAGGAACUCCGCGGUGCACUACAGGAGAGUCUGACAGACACAGAGAUGCCCAGCCUUAUCAACGUACUUAUAGACCCGGCCUCAGACCGCAAACAACAGGAGUUUCCCUGGCUGACACGGUCAAAUCUUUAAAAGCUGACAGACGUAUCAGAUGUCGGAUCACACUGUAUCUUACACUACAUUUGGUCAGUUUACUGUAGGUGGCACCAUUUCCUAAAAAAAGACAACAAUUAAGAAACUGUACAUUUUAUAUGAUCUCACUCUCUUCUGACUCAAAUGAAUUUCCAUAGAUUCCAGUUCUUUCUGUAAACACUUAAAAGAAAAAGUUCACCUUAAAAUGAAAAAUUCAGUUAUCAUUUACCUCAUGUUGUUCCAAAUCUGUUUGACUUUGUUUCUUGUGGAACCCUAAAUUAGAUUUUUUUUUUUUUUUUUUUUGAAGAUUUUUCCAGCAGCUCUUUCUAUACAACCCUAGAAAUUAGUUCCAUCGUCCUGAAGUCAGUGAGGUUUUUUUUAAUGGGUUUUUGGUUAAAUGUCUGAAAUAAGGUCUGUGGUUAAAACAAGCUCAAGAUAUUGAAAAAGGUGGUUGCUAACAAGUGGCUAAAUGGAUGUAAUUGGAGACAUUAAACGUCGUCAUCACACUGAACAGGAAAACUCUUCUACUCACGAACAGUCCGUUUUACAGUUGUGUUUAUACUUGUGCUCUUGCAAACUAUUAUUCUAACUCAAACUUUCCAGCUUGUAGAUUUUAAAUAAAGAUUGAAAGAGUUGUCGGAAGCUUGGUGAUGGUGGCGUUGAAGUCAUGUGGCCAUGGUGUAGUUCAUUUAAAGCCUAAAUUUAGCUUUAAUUGCUGCCGAUUGUGUUUUUGAUGAACAAAACAUGUAAGAAUCAUAAACUUUUGUUGUUCGCAAAGCAUAUUUUCUGCAAUAAACCCAAAAGCCAAUGGAAAAA